UUGACGGACUAGACAUGUUAUUUUACUGUCAUGCAGUGUGAAACAUAAAUAAAACAUGUUAGUUUUUCUAAAAAUCAUGACUUAAUACUAAGCUAUAAACUAUUAAUAUGGAGAAAUACAUUUAAAAAUAUUACUGCCACUUACAUAUUUGUUUUAACUAAUGACAUUAUGGAUGGUUUAAUUCACGCGGCAUUGGAAGCUGAGUCUAUAUUGAACCGGGCGAAACAUGUGAAUAGUACUUCGUCACAAUUUGACAGUGGUGCCCUAGACCAUAAAAUGACUUGGACCCAUGAUAAAAUGCAUCUUACUGAGUCUGUCGAUGAGUCUAGAAUGAAGUUUCAGAGGAAUUCUGUUGGAUCUACGGCAUCUAAGAUCGAAAAGUUUGAUUUAUUUAAAAAACUUCAUGAAUUAUACAGUGAUUUGAGUAGAGACGAAUCAUCACAAGUGAACUAUCAAGGUUUAAAGACAUCAUCAUAUCUACUUGAAAAAUUAUUGGCAACAUAUAAUUUAAAUACUUUAAUAAUUAAUCUGUAUCCAGGAAAUAAAGGAUACUCAUUGUCUCUUAGAGUUAAUGGCAAUACACAAUAUCUGCAUCCACCAGAUGCUAAUGCAUCUUCAGCUCAAGAUGAGACAUUGAUAGAAACACCACGAUGGCCAUAUGAAGAGGAAGAGCUCUUGAGUUAUAUAGACAAUGAAGAGUUACCAGUUGUAUUGCUUGACCUGUUGGAAUCUGAACACUCAUGCCUUUUUUACUCCGGUUGUAUAAUAGCUCAGAUAAGGGAUUACAGGCAGGCAUACCCUAGUUUUCUUUGUGAUACUCACCAUGUCUUGCUAAGGCCUACAAAUCAGAGUAUAAUAACGGAUGCGAUGUGCAUCGGCGGUCGGUGCGGAUGGGUGGGGGAGGAGCGUGGUGCCUUAGAAGCGCUAGAAGCGGCCCUAGUCCACGCAGCCGCGCCGCCCCUGUGCCUCGACCCGCGGCCCGCCGUCGGUCUGCUAGCCGCACGCCUGCACGCCGCGCCGCGAUUACUCAACACACCGCGGAUCAGGCGUCAGGCGAAACGGUUCUCGCAGGUUGCAGUGAAUAGAAAAAGGAAAUUAGAUCAGUUCACACAUUAUCAUGGACUGGAGUUGCUUGAAUUAAUACAUAAACAGAGAGUGAAGAAUAGUAGACAGUCAGUGCCUCCUACAAGAUUAUCAUCGAAAUAUCCUAAGAAGCCUCCAGAGGUUUUCAAGCCAGUAGAACCACCGAGAAUGGAUCCAUUAUCAUUGGCUAUGCCAUCGGAACCAAGUGGGCCGCUUCGGGUAGCACGCGCCUAUGAGCGUCCCCGGCCAACUCCAGACUGCCAACCACAACUCUUUGAAGAGUAUAUUCUGGAAACAGAGAAGACAUCACCGCAUGCUGGCGCCGGUUUCUUCCAUAUAAAGCUCUCGAUAUUGCAGAGACCGUCCGAUCAAGAGUUCCUCGGUGAAUUAUAUGUAGAUAGAGAUCAUGUCGAGGGAGAAAGAAAUGGAGCCGCAUGUAGAUUUACUUUAGGAUCAAGAGUACAAGCAAACAAAUAUAUACAACAAUUUACCGAGAUAUUUACAGAAGAAGGCCGUAAAUCAGUCAGAAUAAAGCACAUUGUACCUGGACAACUUCCAAGAGUGUCAUUUACAGGAAGCAUGAGAGAAUUGCAGGGUCAACAACUUAUGUUACAACGGUCAGCAGCGGCGGCGGCGGCCGCCGCGGCGGCUAGCAGCGCAACCGUACACACUCACGCUACCACAGUACCUAUUGUGACAUCUGCAAUUGCGCCCACACCCAACACUCAUACAAACACGCGUCAGUUGCCGAUCCUGCAGGCACAACUGCAGCAAGUUGGGAGUAUAGGCAGCGUGACUGCUGUUGGCAACGUUGUGGGGAACGUGGGCACGGUUGGCAGCGUGGGCAGCGUCGGCAGCGUCGGUAGUGUGGGCAGCGUGGGCAGUGUGAGCAGUGUUGGCAGUGUUGGCAGUGUAGCAGCAGAGACUGCACUGAAGCAACAGCCUUCGCCCAGUACUCCACGGUUAUCGCCUCAGGUGCAUGAUAUCCAUUCGACGCAGGCAUCAUCCAACCAGUUACUCGCUCAGCAGCUUACCAAUCCUCAACAACCGCUGAAUCCUCAAAAGAUGCAAUCGGCCAUCAUACAUAUACAGCAUCCGCUUAUGUCUACUGCUGGCACAUCACAGGUACAAAACAUUCAGUAUACGAACACGUCGUCAACACAACAGAAAGCGACCAUCACAAAGCCCCGAACAACGAAUCCUGCAAUAAGCGCACUUGUUACUAGCCUCAUGAAUUCAGCGCAGCAGUUUCAGCAAGCUGCAAGUCAGAAUGCGGCCAAGAACGUAGCAAGCACAGCGAGUAGCAACGCGACAAUACUGAAUCUGCUGAAUAGCGCGCCGGCUGCUAUGACGCACGUGACGUCAUCAUCCGACGGGCUCGAUGCACACAAGUUGCUCGGCCGCGUGUCGAUAGCAGGGGCUCGACUUGUGCCUGCGACUACCGCCUCGCAUCCUACACACGCCGCACAUGCUGCACAUCCCUCACACCCUCUUCCUGCGUAUACGCAGCAGGGUGUGGGCGUGCAAGUGAUGAGCGGGUACACGCGCGAUAAUGAGUCCACAAACGUGUCGAGUAGUGAGAGCGCGUUGCUCGAGCGACUUAUCGGUUCGGAAACCGCUGUGCCCGCCACGCAACAGCAACCGCAGCCGCAGCCGCAACCGCAACCGCAGCCACAAGCGCAACCAGUCUGCCAUUUACAGGGUUUAAGUUUAGCAUCCCUUCAAGGGCUGCAAGGCAUUCAGGGUUUGCAGAAUGUGCAAGUGCAGAUACCAGGGUUGUCGGCGCCAAUAUCGCUGUCCCUAAACGUGUCCGGUGCUCCUAGUGGGCUGCUUGUUUCCGUCCCCUCCACCACGUCUGUUGUACUCACCAACCAGCCGUCGGUGCUAUCGUUACCUAUUGCUCACCUGAUGUCUAGCGGGGUGAAGGGCGCGGUGCGGGGCGGCGCCGUGCAGGUGGUGCGCGGGGCGCGGCCCGCGCGGCCCGCCGCCCGCCCCGCGCCCCGCGCCGCCGCGCCCGCCGCGCCCGCGCCCGCCGCCACCGCCGCGCCCUCCGCUGGCCCUGCCGUGCACUCCAUCGCCACGCUGCAGCCCGCCGCCGCACCCUCAGGUACCACUCAAUUCAUCACUCAGGCCCAAGCGCAGGCUUUAAAUGCGCACCAAGUGAGGCGAAAAUCCAACGCGGAUAGUUCAUAGUAAAUAUUUAAACUGUAGUACACUGCCGUUUUAGUGAAUAUCUGUAAAUACACAGUAGGUAAAUUUAUUAUAGAUGUAAUGAAAUUAAGAUGACUGCUUAAGGUGAAUUCCACAGGUAAAAACUAGUGUUUUACAAUCCUUUUAAGAGACUAAACACAUUUUAAUACAUCAGCAAUAUAAACGAUGGUUAGUGUGCAUGUAAAUUUUAUCCGACUGCAGGUACGUACGUACAGGUAUAAGUAAAAUAUUUAACGAUUUGGCUCGACAGUACCAAUACGGCACCGCAAAUAAUAUUGGACAAUUUGUCAAAUUUGACAGUUAUGAAUCUAAAUAUUUGACUAUGAUGAAUGUCAUUUUCUUUUUAAUCAUGUUAUCUUACUUUUUUUUUAUUAUACAUCUCAAUCAUGUAUUUUUUAUUGUUUGAAAGUCACAAAUAUAAAUAUGAAAUUUAAUUUUACCAUAACUCUGACAUUAGAAAUUAUAUGAUCAUGACAUAAAUUUGAAGUGUUGAUAUGGUUAUUAAAAGUGUUAAAGGUACCAAUACUUUUACUAAUUAAAAAAAAAUGUUGUUGAUGGAUUUGUUGAACAACUGUAUAUAUCUAUGUUGUAGGUAGAUAUUAGACUUGUUAAUUUGUUUGAAAUUUACAUAUGGAAAUUGAAUGGACGUUAACUAUUUGGUAUAUUAAGGAUAGACAAGUAAUGUCUCAUCGGUUUUUAAACGUAAGUUCGUAAUUUAGAACGAAAUUUGUCCAAACCAUAUUUCCUGAUUGCAUGUUGUAAAAUUAUUAAGAGAAUUUACCAAGGGUAAUAAAGGUACCUAUUUAUAAAUAAUGUAACAUUGUACUGGUACUUAAGAAUAUAAUUAAGAAAAAUUAAUCUGAUAUGAAUUAAUUGGCCAGUAUUAUAAUGAACUGUGCUGUCAAUGCCUGACUGCUCGAUUAAUGUAACUUUACCAACCUUGAUAUGUGUAUCAAAGUACAAUACUUUGCAAUUACUCGAGCGUGAUAUACGUUGAAUUUCGUUGUAAAUAUGUAUUACAUGUAGGUUUAUAUAUUAUAAGCAUCACAAAAUAUAAUUCUGUAAUUAUUAUUAUAACGUUAAAAGAAUAUAUGAUCGAGCGAUUAUUAUUUAUGCUUUUACAAUAUAUAAAUCGAGAUACGUGUACAGGGCCCAUUGAGGCCGCCUGCAACAACGAUUAUAAUAUUGCACUAUUUAUGUUAUAUUAUGAUGGGUUUUGUAAAUAAAACAAGUGAUAAGCGGUAUCGAUAACCGUAAUACUCAAUAAAAUAGGGAUCAAAUUAGUACUUUUUAGUUUUGCUUGUUAAAUGUAAUUAAAAACAAUGCAAACUAGAUUUUAAGGUAUAUUUAUGAUCCCUCGGUGUUCAAGUUGCCAGCUAUGUGCAUUUUAGCGGUUAAUUUGACAUAAUAAUAUGUACAUAAUAUAUCGGAAAACUCAAUUGAUAAUAUUUUAGAUGCAUUAUUAUUAACAUAAAAUGUAUAAUAAUACAAUAAUAUUAACAUCAAUUAAUUAUGUUCAUCAUUUGUUCAUAAUUGUUAUUUUCACGCGCACAAUUAACAUUUUUAUCAUGAGUCUCUUAUUUGCAAUGGUAACAUUAACAGCAAUGGUGACAUAUCGAUCUUUUGUAAAAAUAAUAAACUGACCAGUGUUUAAUAUAAAAAAAUAAUGAUCCUUGAAAUUUCUGUCUGUCGGUCGGUUGUCUGUAUUAUGCAUGUUUGUACGAGAAAUGCAUUAAAAUUACUACAGGAUAUAACAUGCGAUUACGUUUCAUUGUGUCAUACAAGUUAGAAGAUCAGUUUUAUUUUAAAACUACAUGUGUCUACUAAUUGGGUUUUAAUUAUACUGAUAGAAUAUGUUCACAUUUGGUAAACGUUGUUUUUAAACUUUACCAUAAAAUAAAAUACCGAAGUUUUGAAAUGCCGAAACGCGUUCGUAUCGAAAGCAGAUUCAUAAAUGGAUAGUGACAUUUCGUUUAUUGUAAACUGCAAAAAUUUACCAUUAUCACAGUAGUUUUUUGUAAUUUAAAUAUAUAAUUCGUGUUUUGUUCGAAUCCAAAACUGUACAAACAACCUUGAUAAUGAGAUGCGUUCGGUAGGGAUUUAUUGGAUUCUAUGCAAAGUGACGGGCAGAAGCUAAUUUAAUUAUAAUUUCUAGACUAUUGCUGUUACAAAUGAAGAUAGUUAUCAGAAAUGUGUUCAUAUAGGCAUUGUAUUAUAUUUCUAACGGAUAAUGUACAUACUGUUUGCAUAGAACUAUGCACAUAUUUGUAAUUUUUUUACUUAAGACUGACAAUGGCUGCUUUACCUGUCAACUUUCAAACACAAAUGAUCUUAUUUAUUUUUUUAAUAUUUAAUAAUAUACGUUAUGGUAUUUGAUAAUAAAAAGUAUUUGAUAACUUUAUGUGCGCAUUGUGAAGCGUAAGAUUUUUUUAUUAGCUUUC